AUGCCAUUUAUUGAAGACGAAUGGUGGUCCGCCGAGAAUGAGGGCAGGAUGGUUGAUCUCUCCAAUUGCCUGCAGGACGCGGUAGUGGCAGCUGGUGGCCAAGCGGCCGCCCAACUCCAACAAAUGGCGACAUCUCUUGGGGAUCUCUCGCAAGCCGAGCUGACCAACAUCGUCGGCGGUCUGACACUGGAGCCUGACACAGGCGAGGCAGCGGACCCUGAUGACAUCCUCAAGCAGCUGGGAGAGACCGCUUUUGACAACUUUGAAACGUUUUUUACGGAUCUAACGAAUGCCACCGCGUCUUCAGUACCGCCUAUUGAAAUUAAGCAAGAAGAAAACAACAACAUAUCAUCGCCAGCGUCCAGCAGCCAACUCCAAGGCUACUAUCAACAAAACAGUCAAUUAUCACUGCCAAACAACGGCCAGCAACGGUUACAACAGCUGUUGAGAUCGGGCACGAGUGCCAUCAACAAUGCUGUGACCAAUAACAUCAACAAUGGCCGAUAUAACAUCGCUUCUGCGAAUCCUUUGCUUGCUGAGAAGCUAUCAGCGUCACCUAGUGGGAUCAAGCAAGAACCAAUCAGUUCGGAUUACAACACGACGAGUAUGAACUAUGGGAGCGCGUCGCCGAUGCAGAGGAUGCCGAGCGGGAAGCCGCAGGUGCAUGAUGCUGGAGGAGGUAAAGGAAAACUAUGUGAAUCACAAUAUUUUGCGCUGCUAUCUUCCUGGAAGGUGAUCUGGGGUAGUGGGGAUGUAGGUCAAGGUGGUGAGGUCGCGACACCUGACUGA